GGUGCAGUCAGUGGUCUCAGUCUGGACUGCUGGUGAAGUGACAAUCAUCCACUCUGCUCCUUUUGGAAAGCAUUUUCUUCACAUGUUUGAAUGGACACCAUGAUGAAAGGUGAAGAUUCAGAGGAAGUGGAGAUUGACUUGGGGGAUUCCAGUGACCCAGAAGAAUUUGAAGAUGGGGAAGAACCUCAGACGCUGUGGAAAGCCCAGCCUUCUAUGGAAGAGGAAGAAAAUAUUCACACAUCUACACUAGUGGAAAUCAGUGAUACCAAACCUCUGAUUAAUGCCAGAGACACCAGAGGUAUCAAUGACUGCCUCAAGGUGACAUUUGAGGAUGUGAUUGCUGAGCCUGUGUCGGUUCGCAGUGGGGACAGAGUGUGGAUCUGGAGUAAUGCUCUAUUUGAGGUCUCCAGAGUUUGGAUUUACAGGAUAAUCACAGUAAUACUGGCCAUUCCCAUGUCAAUUAUUGCUGGUUUCUUCUUUGCCAUCCUCAGCUGCUUCCACAUCUGGAUGAUUGGUCCCUGUAUCCAGUGUGCACUUAUUGGCACCCGCUGGCUGCAGAGUCUGUGGAGCAUUGCGUUGAGUGUCGUUGUGGCUCCUCUUCUUAGAAGUGCUGGGAAAUGCUGUGAAGGCUUCAGUAUCCACCUGGCCAAAGAGUGACACUCAUACCCGAGAAGCUGGUCCAGGCUGGAUUUGCUCAAGAUGUGGAAAAAAAAGCACUUCUGCUCAAGUGGACCCAGCCUGAGAGGGCAUUGAUUUUUUUUUUAUUCCGUAAUAUUUCAUUAAAAAUUUAAAACACUUUUAUUAUUAUUAUUAUUGUUGUUGUUAAAAUGACCCUGCUCAAGGUGUCUGCAGCAGUGUCUGCUGAUCCUUUAAAUGUUAAGGUGUUUACUUUGUGAUACAAUUUUUUAAUAUGACAUUCAUUGUGAAAUCACCUCGAUGUCUCUUCUUGUUAAAACUACAUCACAUUUUCUCUCUCUGACAAUUGGGCUUACACUUGAAAUCAUUACAACAAGAUAUUAUAUUUGUGAACUGCUGUUUAGAGUGUAGAGUUCCUCAAAGCAAAUUUAUGUGUUUGAUAAAACCUUCAAUUACCAGAUUAGAAAUGGCUUUAUCAGCAAACCCCAUCUGUGACGGAUUUAUCAUUUUUUUGGUGUCAUGUGUUUACCAUAUCACUUAAACCUGUUUCUUAUUUGUGUGAAUCACAGACUUCAUAAACAACGAAGAGUAAUAAUUAAACAAGUUUCAAGGUUUUUUGUUUAUUUAUCCUUUUUUUAUUUAGUAAUUGACGGAGUGAUUUUUUGUAAUUAAAACAGAUGAAUAAAACAUUUUUAAUUCCAGUACGUGUUUUUGCAUUUCAUGGUCAAGAUUUUAAGCAUCAUAUACCUGUAUGUGGAGGAUUUGAGAAGCUGUGUUUACUCUUGAGGUAAGUUGUCAGGACAUUAAAGUCAGUCAUUGUCUUCUGUGAAGACUGUAGUGUGUGAGAGAGAGAAAGAGAGAGAGUUGACGUGACAUGCCAGCACAGCCUUCUGCAUUUUUGACAGUGAUGUAACUGCUGCUGGCAGCUGCCUGCUGGCACCCAUAGACUGAUAUCAUAUCCUUGAGACGUGUUACUGCUGGUACACUGCCAAUUCCAUGUCUAAGGUACAUCCACAGCAGGCUGAUCAACCUUAUUAUUUAUUGCAUAAAUGCAUGACUGGGAACAGGUUUAAUACAACAUAUUGUUUAGAUCCUAUUGCAGUAAUCACCAA